UGGGAGGUCGUUUAUUGACAGGGGAGAAGGUGACUCCUCGGCAAGCAGGGCAGCAGUUCGCACAAAUCUUACCAUAUAACCCAAAAGAAGAGGGUUGUUUUGUAGAAAAGCAGCCAUGUCUUCUUUUGGAAGGGCGUUAGGAAUCCUCCGGGCGGGAUCUCGGCUCGUCGGACGCGGUCCACAGAGGAUAACGACCAGAAAGGCUGGCGGGGGGGCUCACAUUGAGCCACAGUACAGGCAGUAUCCACAGGUAACCAAGAACCAGAAGUUUCAGGCUGAACUACUCAGCAGUGUAAUGUGGUUUUGGAUCCUCUGGCACUGUUGGCACGACCCUGAUGCAGUCCUGGGUCACUUCCCCUGGCCUGAUGCCUCCCAGUGGACGGAUGAGGAGCUUGGAAUCCCAGCAGAUGACGAAGAAGAAUAAGAUCACCAUGAAGGAUCCGAGCUGCCGGGCAAGUCUCUGCGGAAAUCUUCAGGAAAGUCUGAAAGUCAUUGUUGUACAUAGACUAAUAAAAUUCUUUAAAUAUUCUGAA